AUGUCUUUUCCAUGGAAGAAGUUGAAGAAGACAAGUAUAUCUCAAUUGGUAAAGGACCAUGUUUGUUCUCACACUCCUCUUAUGGUGCAGACUGGUUUCCCCACUUCCCUUGUGCAUCUUUUGGUCAAGAAUCAUCAAAGGUUCAUGAAAACUUCCAAGAAAAAGAGGCCUCCGUCUCCACUGGUGGCUGAGCCCCCUUUGAGCUCUCUAUCUUCUAUGAGUUUGCCUUUAUCCUCUCCUUUAACUCCGCCUCCCCCGGGGCGUUGCACAAUUAAGAGAUCCCGGUUAAAGGGCUGUCCGGAAAUAGGUGAAAGAAUUGAUCUUGAUGAAGCUGUUGAUAAAGAUAAGGUGUUAAUAGCCCUUCUGAAGAUCUUUCUGGUGGUGGUUCUGGUUUUAGGAACAAAUAAGCUUGUGCUGGGAAUAACCAUGUCAGCAUUCUUGUUGUGUUUCUUUGAAUAUUCGAGAGAAUGCGUCUAUAGAUUGUGCAUGCCUUGUGCAGGAGCACAAAGGAGUGAAAUGGUUGAGAUGGAAGACGAGGAAAAAGAUUGUGUUUUUAAGGCUCCAUUGGCACAAGAAAAUCUAGCGAAACCUCGUUUUUCUGAUGUUGCUAAAAUUCAUGUUCUAAAGCCCCCUCAUGAAGAGGAAGUUCAAUGUGUUAUGGAGAAAACUGACGAGUCCAGUAGGGGUAGCAAACUGAAAUCUCAUAAGUUUGAGAUGAAAUCCAAGAUGAAGAGAUUUCUUGCAAAGAAUUUAAGAAGGAAAACAAGCAAGCAAUUAGAGAGUCAGGUGAUAUCAAUAAGGGAAAAUGAAGAACUUGAAGAUUUCAAUGAUUGUCAAGAAAGCUCAGAACAAGUGUUUGAUGCAACCAUAGUUAAGGUAGAUAGUUCAACCAGAAAAGUGCAGAACUCGGCAAGUAUUGUUCUCCUUUUGGUUGUUCUAGUUGGCCUUACCGGAGGCCGGACAUUUGCGCUUGUGUUUACGCUAACAUGGUGCAUAAUGUCCAAACAAGUUUUGCUCAUUUAG